UUACGUCACAAAUCUCGGAUGCAUUUUUAAAGGUUGUUGUUAGGUCAAUGUUUUGACGGGAAGAAAAUGACUUUGUCUAUAUUUGAUACUUAUUUAACGUAUUACUAUUGAACAUUUCACGAUGGGCAACUGUUUAAAAGCGCAAAGUAACGAUGAUAUUUCACUUUUACGAGGCAGUGAAGGCCAUGAUAGUGUCGAACAGGCUCUAGGACCCCCACCUCCAUAUCAGGAGCAUCCACAGCAGAGGAUGCCUAUCUAUCAUCCUUCACCAAAUGUAAGUAGAACUGCCAGCCAGCUGACUGAGGAUGAACAAGUGAAAAUUGCCAAGAGGCUUGGGCUUAUCAGUCAUCUGCCCACUGGUAUAUAUGAUGGCUCUUCAAAGAAAGGAAAAGAGUGUGUUAUAUGCAUGGGUGAUUUUAGUGUGGGAGAACAAUUGCGUAUAUUACCAUGUAUGCAUUCAUACCACAAAGACUGUAUAGAUGACUGGUUAAUGAGGUCAUUCACAUGCCCAUCAUGUAUGGAACCAGUGGAUGCGGCCCUGUUAACAACGUAUGAAACCAGCUAGUGAUACAGUGUGUUCAAUGUGAUGAAACGUUUAUAAUAUAUUGUUACAAUAAACCAGUGGAUAAGAGUUGGGCAACAGUUACAUAUUUGGAUAUCGAGGAAAAAUGAACAAAAUGUUUCCUAUUAUGUGAAAUACGUUACCAGUGAAACAGUCUCAUUAUCUGUGCUUUAUAGUCAACCAUCAUUACUGUGUAUAUAUAUCUAUAUAUAUACAUGUUUAUAUAAUGGAUGGCCAUUAUGAUCCAGAUUACAGAAAUGGAAAAACGAAACAGAUUCUGCAGUGUCCAAAGUAAAUUGUAAUUUGUUAAUUUCAAAUUAACAGUUUGCUCCAAUCUUAUAAUCCAUUGUGGAACAGGUUGUGAAUUUGUGAUAGAUAAAAACAUGGUAAGCUGUCCAAGGAUUGUUUUGAGAAGCCAAAAUACUUUUUGCUAAAUUAUUUAAAAAAAAAUGGAAACAUAUUUUUCAAAGAACACAGAUUUACAAAUGUAGAAAAAUUGUGAAUUUUUGCCUUCAGUUGACCUUCAAUACCAGCUUACUGUAUUAUAUAGUUCAAUAUAUCAAAAGCUUGAUGCAGCCUGCCUUUAUCUCCUUUAAAUCAUUCAAGUUAUUACAAACAUUUAGCGCAAAAAAGUUAUGACAUUUAUUCCUCAUUACUAACAUGCAUGUAACAUAUCAGUAUGACAUUCAGAAGGUCAUUUUGGAAUGAUUUCAAUAUUCUGUUACAAAGUAUGCAAGCUGUAAUAAGAAUACUUAAAUUUUGAUAAAAACCUGACUUAAAGAAUCCAUAUAUAUUUUCAUUAGGUUUAUAAUGGUAUUGCAAUUUAUUGUUAAUUUAUUGUUAUUAAAUAUUGAUAUUUUGUAUUUCAAUAGGAUUUGCAUAAAACAUGCUUAGUUACUUGUUUCAAUUUUGCUAUAACCUGAUAUUGCAGCAAAGAUUUUGCAAGUUAAAUUAUUUUACAUAGUAUGCAUUUGGUAAAUUUUUGUUUGAUAAAACGUGUAAUCUCAAAUGUUUUCUUUUCUGCACAAUCAUAUUUAUUAUGAAUAGUGUAAAACCUUGUUAGAAAAAACCAAAGUGUGAAAUGAUUUAGUGAAGAAUGGGUUUUGAAAGUAUUUUCAUUAAUGAGUGCAUUUAACAUUUACAAUGUAAUCUUUUUGUUUUGUUAGUGUGAAGUAUACAGUCACCAUUAAUCAACUUAAGGAUCCGAUAUCAUUGUUAUUGGACUCCUGUGACAAUUUUUUUAUCACCAUUGGCAGAAAAAAAUUGUUAUUGCACACUGUGCGGUGAAGAUUGCAUUUAUUCUCACUGAUCAAUAUCAUUGUUAUUGAACAGUGAAGUAUGCAUUAUUUAUUACUGGCCAAUAAUUGUAUUAUAAAAUAGUGGAGCAAAAUAGAUCGCCAACCAAUAUUGUUGUUACUAAACAGAGAAUAAAACAUCAUUUUCUAUUGCUCAAUAUUAACGGAAGUGUACAAUUUAGAAAACAUUUCUUUACUUCUAAUCAGUAUAAAUUUUGAAAUAGACAUAUGAAUAUUGGACUA